AUGGCCAAGAGGAGAGUCACCAAAGAAAGGUGCAAUGGCCAUGACACAAAGUGGCCCUACUUGCCAAAACCGGAGGUUAAGCAAGCAACCAAACAACACCAAAACAGUUCGGUCUUUUCACUGGUUGAUCCCAAUAUCGAGUUGCCAACAAUAAGCGCUAACGAGGUUGAGCAAGUCUUGAGUCAGCUUCAAUCUUCAUCAUCCUCUCAGUCGUCUGCACCACCACCAUCUCGAAAGACAUCGGGGUAUUGGUUUUCCAAAGAUGAUUCCUUCACUCCUCCUCCGACAAAGCGCUCCUUUGGUGGCUGUGUCACACCUGUAAUAACCUACGCAGACCAUCGAAUGCAGAAUUCACAGCCACCUCAGGCGCGCUCCUCUUCGUUGUUUGCCGCUCUUCAGUUGCCUCCGUUGGGGGUUGGACCGACGACAGUUUCAUCCUCUACCUCUCCUCCAUUGCACGUGGCACUGCGGAGACAGCUGUUGGCACCCUCAACCACCUUUACCAAUAUCUCAAAUGCGGCUAAACAACGUCAAGAAAAUCUUACGGUGCGCCUGGCCAAUCGAGCCAAAUUGACGGCUGCUGCUCGGAUUCCUGUUCUCGCUAAUCCAUCGACGGCCAAUUCCGAGUGUACCACACCAACUCGAUCUAUCAUAUCUCAACCGCCUACCCUGAUGACGCCAUCUUCCACUGACCACGUCCCCCAGGAUCCCAACGAGCGCUUCCGAUUUGUUUGUCCUCACCCGCGGUGUGGUCGGCGGUACCAGGCGCGAAUCGGUUUAACACGUCACCUGGUUAAGUACCACGGGGAGAAUGUGGAGGCGGAGGAGGUGGUGACAUUGAUGCCAAAGUCCGAUCCCCUCCCAGCAGCGUCUGGUACUGUCUGCAACGAGGAAGCGACUCUCUCGUGCUCACCUGUUCCUUCCUCUACAGCCGCUGCUGGGCCCUCCUCCUCCCUCAAACUUUGCUUCUCCGUGCGGACUGUUCGGUCGGAUUCCAAGGCAAAUUUUGUCUUUCACCUACGUCUUUCUGACACCAACCCAUGUCUCGCCGAUGCUCGCGCCCUUGCUGGCCGGGUCAUCAGCUUUUUCUGUCGUAUGGAGCGAGAUACGGGUAACCUGAACUCAACUGGUGCACAAUCAAUUCAAUCAUCCCGUAAUAGAUCCUCAAGUAAAACACUAGCUUCAUGCCCUUUGCUUUGCAAACGCGUUGAAAUGGAGUAUGGUGUGGUACCUCUUGUGGUGCAGGUGGAUCAGCGAUCAUCUCAGUCACUGGACCGAUCGAAAGUUCAGCGGCGCUAUCCUUCGCCUCCACCUCCUUCCUCCUCCACGAGCACCCUUGCCUGUCCUCCUCCUCCUCCCCCUGCACGCACGACGGCCCCUACCGCUGCGGCUCGCGCGAACCUGCGCAGCCAGACCUCACCUAGUCUACUCUUUGAUCGCCAAACAACCACCACCGGCGGUGGGGGCGCCAAGGUUGCCAUUGUCUCUAUGCGACGCUCGCCACCUCCCGUCUCCGUUCCCACUGCCCACCCCGAUCCCCUUCUGGUGCAGCAACCACCGCCCCCACCAAUACUUCAGCCCCUGCCCCCUUUCCACAUGAGCAUUUACUCCAAUGAUGUCUCCGAACGGCUUAGCAACUGCAAGUUGCCUCCUGGCGGAGCUCCAACAGAUCCUUGGUGUUGUAGCAGUAGUGAUAGGACUGCAGCCGUCGUCAGCGUUCCCCAGUGUUCUUCCUCGUGUUGUUGGCAAGACGAUUGUGAGGAGUUUGAACAUGAAGAAGAGGAAGAGGACUUCUUGGAGGAGGAUUGCAGCAGUGAUCUGGGUUUUGACAGCUGCUACUACCCCAGUAGGCCUACUGACUCUCUUCCUUGUCUGCUGCACCCCACUUAUCCUCGUCAUUUCCACUCUCCUCCACCUUCCUUCCACCUCCUUCCUCGCGGCUCUGCCGUUGACCUCUCCACCGCUGGCGUAACGGAGGAAUGUUCCAGCUGCUGUUGGACCGCUGAUUCAGACUUUUCCAGUUCCCUCGGUGGCGGUCAUGGUGGUCGGCACUCUUCGGAGGAUGGGAGAGUUCCCAGCACUGGGGGAUUCUGGACUUCGCCAUACCCUCGGGUGCCUCCAACACGGCAGCGGAAACAACGACUUUCGUCGACUUCUUCAGCCAUGCUCCUCUCUCGUCGACGAUUUUCGACAACCGUAGAGAAGAAGUUGCGCUGGAGGCGUGGCGACCGUCACGGACGGCGACGCACGGUGAGCAGCAGUGGUGGCAGCAGCGGUGGCCUUCCUGUUGCAGCUGCGCCCAACGCCGCCGACGUCGUUGUUAGCACAGCACAGUCAGCGAGUGUUAUCUGUGGUGGGGGAGGCGAUAACUCAUCCUCCUUGGCAAAGGCUUCCGACGAACUGGUUGCCUGCCCAAUACACGAUUGCGGCCUCGUCUGCUCUGGAUGCGAAAACCUCUGUGAACAUCUGAAGGAGUGCCAUCUACCCGACUCCCAGAAUAAGCCUGUACGACUGAUAUUCGCAUGCCCGGUGAAGAGCUGUCGGACAUUUUGUGCCAACGAAGCCGCGUUCGAGGCGCACUUCGAUGCCCACCUGGAGAGCCACAUAUCCGGCAAGAUCGGGGACUUCUUCCGCCGCACCUCGACCGACUACGAGGGGGAGGCAGCUAAAUCUAGCCAGCAUCAGCGGCGCCGUCAUGUGAAGUCGACUUCGUCUCUCGUGGAUCUUAAUAUGGACGUCUUCGACAGCCUCUGUCUUCCUGUAUCCCCUACAGACCAACCCAUCUCCAACCGCAGUUCUGACGAUCCUGACUGUUCUGUGAGCGCUUCUGCCAAAUUCGGCAGUCCCUCUACAUCUGUGGCUCUUCUUGAUGGGGAGAAUUGGAGUCUUUUGCAGGCUUUGGAUCUCCUUCCCGAUGACGUUCUGCAUGGGUUACUACAGGAAAAAACUGCUGGCGCCAGCACCAACGGUGCCUGUACAAGGCCAUCCCCUUUCAGCGCCGGUGGGAGCGGCAACACCCCCACUCUCUCUAACGGUUCCUCGGGUGGCAUCGGCAGUGUUCAAGAUUCCAGCAGGCAGCAUCUUCAGCAGCAGACUCCCAUGUUUGUCUCCUGCUCUUCAGCCUCCAGCGGCGAGGUCUCCUCCCCCGUGCACUCGGAGCGCUGUCACCAGGGCUUAGGUGAGGGUAGUGUUGUGAAGCGCCAGAGGAACUCGCUCACUUGUCUCGACUUUCCAAGGGAGGGGCAGACUGGUCUCUCGCGUACUCGCUCAACACAGCUGCAAUCGAAGAGGGAGACUCCGCCUCCGAAUAGCCUACCUUCGGCAUCGCAACUCCUCUUUCAAAAUAAGUCGGUGGCAUUGCAUGCUGUUUCAACAGAGGAUCUCUUUCAUCUCCCAGAGGCCUGGCAGCAGAUGUGUCAGAAACCAGAUUCUACUCGCAUCAAUUGGCAAGAAGGGGAAGCGGAAGGAGAAGGUGGAACGUCAUUCACCUUUCCAGGAGGAAGUGAGAGGGUUCCCGCCUGUCACCUCUCCGACACUGACAUGCCCCCGCUCUCCUCCUGUCUUUUACCCACCCCUACUACUCCCGCCACAGCCCCUGCCUGUCCUCAUCUGCGAAGGAAAAAAACAGCCUCACCGGAAGGCAUCGGAGGUUGUAUAUUUAACGCAUGGUGCUCCAGCGCGGAUCCGCAUUCACUGGGGCUAUUAACCAACUCUCUCGCCUAUGUUCGGUGA